GCUGGCUAUAAGCGGAUAGAAGUCGACGAAUGCGGUGAAUGGCAACUAAACCAACGACGAAAUGGAGGAGAUAAAAGGCUCUCCUGACUAUAACUGGUUCAGAAGUACGGUGCCCCUGAAGAGGCAGGGUAUUUUGCCACCACAAUGGAUUUAUGGUCAAGCUACACCGUGGAGCCGUAUAUAAGCCUCACGUUGCAUUACAUCGAUGCAGAAUUCACCAUGAAGACAAAAUGUCUCCAAACUGCAUUUUUCCCUGAAGACCACUCAGGGUUAAACAUCGCCGAUGGUCUGAGGCAAGCGCUGGCUGCAUGGGAUUUAAAGGAGGGGAACCUCGUGUGCAUUACUACUGACAAUGCCUCAAACGUCAAGCUGGCAGCUGAACUCAAUGGCUGGAUAAGGCUGCAGUGCUUCGGGCACAGACUCCACUUGGCCGUAGAGAAUGCAGUGAAGGACCACAGGAUUGACCGUGCGAUGGGGGUCUGUAAAAAAGUGGUCAGCACCUUCUCCUACAGUUGGAGAAAAAAGAGGGAGCUAAAAGAAGCCCAGAAGGAGCAGAAUCUGCCUGAACGCACCCUGAAGACAGUGUCCCACCAGAUGGGGAUCUCAGCAGGCCAUGAUUAGGAGGGUCCUCGAGCAGCAGAAGGCCAUCACCCAGGUCCUCUCCAAUGACCGGAAAACCAGACAUCUCACCCCCUCAUGGCAGGACAUCGAAGUACUAGAGGCCAUCAAGAAGUCACUAAGCCCUCUGGUUGAGUUUACAGAUGCACUUUCUGGGGAGCAGUAUGUGAGUGUAUCUUUUGUGAAGCCAACUCUCCACCUCUUCAGCACAUCCAUAUUGGCAGUACAGGAGGAUGACACAGACCUUUCCAAGUGCAUUAAACAGAAGAUCGUGGAUUACCUCAAAGAUAAAUAUGACAACGCACCAACACAAGAGCUGCUCGACAUGGCCUCUGCCCUGGACCCAAGGUUCAAGCUCAAAUAUGUGACUGAAGAGAAUGGAGGCUCAAUUGAAGCCGGACUGACAUCUGAAAUGAAGACUGUCAUGGAGAGGGCCCUUCUUGAGCCAGCCAUGAUGCUUGCUGACAACACUGAUGCUGCUACUGCUGGUGGAGCACGAAAGAAGAAGAGGGGCCUGGGCAGCUUUUUCAAAGCCACCAAAGACACAGCUCCAGGACCUGCUGCUCCUCAACCAGACCAGGCCAUAGCUUUUGAGCUUCAGUCCUACCUCCGGGCAGGUCACUGGACACUGAGGCCGACCCACUGGAGUGGUGGAAAGUAUCACAGAAACUCUACUCAUGGCUCUCCAAACUGGCUAGGAAAUAUCUUUGCAUCCCAGCCACAAGUGCUUCUUGGAAUACUCAUUUUGGCCACAAGUGUGCCACUACCUCAAGUUAUAGUUUACAUGUUAACAGUUUUAAUAUUGAUACUCAUUAUAACAAAGCAUGUUAAAUAGUUAUUGCAGUAGGUUGUGGCUAUGAGUGCACUGAAGCAUAGUUGGGGAUAUUUAUUUUUAUUUGUUGUUUUUGCAUAUUACUAUUACUAUUUUUUAUUUAUUAUUAUAUUGUUUUACUUGAUUUUAAUUUAUUUCUUAU